UCCUUCUACCUCGGUUUCCCGCCCCUCAUCCUCGCCUCGGUGCCUGAAGCUGGCUUCAGACUGGCCGUCGUUCAUUCAAUCUCUCCAUCAUCUCCUCCGUACCUUGCCCUCAUCCCUCUCCUUCCCGUCAACAUGUUCGGCAUAACAGUCUCCUUCGUCGUUCUCUGCCUCGCCCUCUCAGGACACGCCCAGCCCAUCAACGUCAAAGAGACGCUGCCGCACCAUGCCCCUUUCCAAACGGCGACGACGCACCUCUCCUCUUACCUGCUCCUCACAGGCGGCUACUCCGGGGAUCUUUCAGUCCUGUCCAUCGAUUCCACCACAGGCAACCUCACCAACCUCACCUCGACCCGUCAAGCGGGUGCGGGACCCUCAUGGGCAAGCUGGAAUCCCAGCGAUGUCAGCAAGCUCUACGUUGUCAAUGACAAUGCGGGCGCAAAUGCCACGAAUCUACAUCGAUUCACCUGGGAUGGGGCAAAGCUGAGGGACGUCGAGCCUGGAAGGUCAGAGCUCGAAGGGACGGUUCAUACUCGCUACUCUCGUCGUAAGAGCGCAGCCAGUUGUCUUCUCUCAGCAGGCUAUGGAGCCAAAGCGGUUAGCAGCCAGGCACUAGACCAACAGCAGAGCCUGCGAAAUGCAAAGACGAGCGCAGGCGUGACGUACAAGUACAGCUUCUCAGGCAAAGGACCGAACACGGCACGACAGGACCAGUCUCGCCCACAUGAGAUCAUCGAUUCGCCUGAUGGAAAGUUCGUCUACGUUCCCGACUUGGGAGCUGAUCGCGUGCACGUCUUCCGAUAUGCCAAUAGCACCACGAGCGAUGCUGUUGGGCAGAAUGGAAAGCAAGAUGGCAGUCAAUGUGCGCUCGAGGCUUUGGCGCCGAUCAAGACAGCCGCGGGCGAUGGCCCCAGGCAUAUGGCCUUCUUCACUGCGACGGAUCAGACGGGGUCACGCAACUCAAACGCGAAGCGUGGUGGUCGCGCACCAUUGUCGCUUCAUCCCAUGGGCACCACGGCCGCCGCCGCGGCUGCAAACAAGACGUACGCCUACCUCGUCACCGAGCUCGGCGGCACCAUUCGCAGCUUCACCUACAACUCCACGACCGGUCAGCUUUCCCUCAUCGGUCUCGCCCAGACGACCCGCACGGGCAUUCAGGGCAACAGCACCGAGCUCGCAAAUGUCGCUCCCUCUGAGCCCAUGAUCUCCCCAGACGGGCGCUUCGUCUAUGUAGCCAACCGCCACCUGCCCCAUGCUGCCAAACAGAGCAGCCGUGCCGCUACAGGCCGCGGAGGGCAAGACGACAGCAUCGCCCUCUUCUCUCGCAAUCUGACUACCGGGCUUCUCACUGGCCCUCUUGCCCAGUACUCGAGCGGCGGCCGCAACCCGCGUCACGCCUCGCUGCACAGCGAUGGCAAGUGGAUCGCAGUGGCCAAUCAGGGGGACGACGAUGGUACAGGUGCCAGUCUGGCUGUUUUGCGCGUCAAUGUCACGAGUGGAGCGCUCGAGGAGGUGCAAAGGUGGGAUAAUAUCACCUCGCCUGCUUUUGCCGGGUGGUGGGGUUCAUCCUGAGUGCGGCGUCAGCCCGGGACUUUCUGCUGCUCUUACACUCUCCGUCAUUCAAGCCGAAAUGUGAUGGUAGUAUUACAAGCUUUGACCUCGCCCCAAAGUAGCACGAAAGCCGCACGCACGAAUGAAAGGGCGAUUCCAGCGUAGGGCAGAAAGCCUUUCUGGGCCGUUGCCU